GUGGGGGAGGGCCGCGUUACAGCAUAGGUAAAAAAAAAAAUCUAGGAGUUGUUCUCCAAUGACAGAGCACCUAACCUCAGGGUCUGACAUUGCUUUUGCCUUUUACCAAAGUUGUACAUUCGGAGUCCUCCAACGUGGCGAUCUCCUAAUCAGCCGAAGAGUGCGGAAAAAGUGAAAACGACGGCAUUAUUAUCUGAGCAGCCGACAGAAAAUCUGCCAAUCGAAGUUAAGCGGUUUUAAACAAAUCUACGAAGACAGGACAACUUCUCACACGAGCAGCACGAUGGAGAAGCCGCCAUUGCCCAGUGAUGAGGAUGGGUGUGUAUUGGCUGAGAGCCGUUCAGAGGUGGCUCUGGUAUCAGCAGAUGAUGGUGGACCUACCAGUGCUGAUGAGCAGGGGGAUGACCGGGUCGCGUGGGACAGCAAGCUGCAGUAUGUUCUUGCUCAAGUGGGCUUCAGUGUUGGCCUGGGCAAUGUUUGGAGGUUCCCCUACCUUUGCCACCAAAAUGGAGGAGGUUCAUUUAUGAUAUUGUAUGUAAUGUUGUUGCUCAUUAUUGGGGUUCCUCUGUUCUUUAUGGAGUUGGCCGCUGGGCAGAGCAUCCGUCAGGGCAGCAUCGGUGUCUGGAAACACAUCUCACCCCGCCUUGCAGGCAUCGGCUACUCUAGCUGCAUGGUUUGUUUCUUCGUGGCUCUGUAUUAUAAUGUAAUCAUUGCCUGGUCUCUGUUCUAUAUGGGGAAUUCAUUUCAAUAUCCAUUGCCAUGGGAACAGUGCCCUGUCGAUAUGAUCUCAAAUCAGACAGUGAAAGAAUGUGCGACAAGCUCUCCUACCACAUAUUUCUGGUUCAGAAAGGCUCUGGACAUCUCAGAUACCAUAGAUCAGUCAGGAGAACUUAACCCUAUAAUGACUGGUUGUCUCCUGGCUGCCUGGGCCAUAGUGUGUCUUGCAAUGAUCAAAGGCAUCAAGUCUUCUGCCAAGGUGAUGUAUUUCUCCUCUGUGUUCCCUUACGCUGUGCUGAUCUGUUUCCUCAUCAGAGGGCUUAUGUUGGAUGGAGCUAUUGAUGGGAUAAAAUAUAUGUUUUAUCCUAAGCUGGAGAUUUGGAAGGAAGUUCAGGUGUGGCGUCAGGCUGCCACACAGGUGUUCUUUGCACUGGGUCUGGGCUAUGGCUCUGUAAUCGCUUACUCAUCCUACAACCCUGUGCACAACAACUGCCACCGUGAUGCCAUCAUGGUCUCUGGCAUCAACUUCAUGACCUCAGUGCUGGCCUCCCUUGUUGUCUUUGUGGUCCUUGGUUUCAGAGCCAAAAAUAUUGCACUGACCUGUGUUGCAACUAAUGUGGCCAAGCUGGCAGGAAUGGCAACAACAAGUUCAUCACAGCACUGGUGGCCGUGGUUCAAUAUGUCUGACCCCAGAUCAGUGGGUCUGCAGGAAUACAGAGAAUGGUACAACCACUAUGGAACCCUGCUGGGGUCAAAUAUCACUGACUGUGACCUGGAAAGAGAAAUGAGCAAGGGUGUGGAAGGGACCGGCUUGGCAUUUAUAGCGUUUACAGAAGCGAUGGCUUUGUUUCCAGCAAGUCCAUUUUGGUCUGCUUUAUUCUUUCUCAUGCUGCUGAAUUUGGGCCUCUCCACCAUGUUUGGCACCAUGCAGGGAAUUCUUACCCCACUCAUGGACAACUUCAGAAUGCUGGGCCGCCACAAGACCAUGUUGACCAUCUGUAGCUGUAUCCUGGGCUUUUUCAUUGGCCUGCUCUUCACUCAAAGAAGUGGCAACUAUUUUGUGUCCAUGUUUGAUGAUUAUUCAGCCACAUUGCCGCUGAUCAUCGUGGUCAUCUUUGAGACUAUCAGUGUGGCAUGGAUUUACGGUGCUGAUCGAUUCUUAGAUGAUGUGGAAGUGAUGUUACACUGGCGCCCCCCGGUGGUUUAUUGCUACAUGUGGAAGUAUGUGUGCCUGCUUGGUAUGGUAGGACUGCUGGCUGCCAGUCUUCUCCGCAUGGUCUUUAAACGACCCACUUACACAGCCUGGGACCACAACAUGGCUUCUGAAACUAGUCUGGAGUACCCUAACUGGGCUCUGGCAAUGCUCUCCAUGUUAAUCAUUGCAGCAUCUCUCCCUGUGCCCAUUGGCUACCUGCUAUCCUAUCUGAAAGAUGGCCGGAACUUAUCAGUGGAGGCAGGCGAAGCUGAGCGUCAAAGAGAACAAUACUCCAAAUGCAAUUCCACUGAGCCAGAACCAAAUAACCAUCACUCCACACUGGAUGAAGACAGGAGUCUGCCAUGUUCCACCUUCCUUCCACUGAGUGCUGAGCACUACAGGCUGCUCCCACAACAGGAUGAUGGAGAGGAAGACACAGGGGUUUAAACCAUGAGACCAGAGGAAAGGCAGAAAAAUAGAGGACUAUUUAUUGAUCAGUAUUAGAUUUUUGGGGGGCAGACUCCAUUUAUUCUCAUUUUGGUAAUGAACAUUCUUGGAAAAAUAGAUUGGUCAACUAUAGCCCUCUAUGAGAGGGAUCAUUUUUAUAAGUGUACCAAAUGGUUCUUGUAUCCCUCAAUGGACUUAUCCUAAUUUAUGUGUCCUAUACCAGAAGUGCCUACACCAUAUAAUUCUCUCAUCAUUUACUCACCUUCAUACCAUCCCUUUUGUUUAUGAAUUUAUUUCUUCUGCUGAACACAAAGUUUUUAGAAGAAUAUCUCAGCUCUAUAGGUCCAUACAAUGCAAUUGAAUGGUGUCCAGAACUUUGAACUUUUAUAUGAUAGAUGUGGGUGAGAAACAUGCAGAUUUUUAAGUCCUUUUUACUAUAAAUCUCCACUUUUGCUUUCAAAUCCUCAUUCUUUUGUUUUUGGCGAUUCACAUUCUUCAUGCAUAUCGCCACCUACUGGGCAGGGAGGAGAAUUUAUAGUAAAAAAGGACUUCAGUAUUUAUCUGUAUCUCACCCACAUUAUAUUUCACGUACAUAUCAUAUUGCUUCUUAAGAUAAAGAUUAAACUACUGGAGUCAUAUGGAUUACUUAAAAGUUAUUGUAUGGACCUACAGAGCUGUGAAAUCAUUCUAAAAAUCUUUAUUUGUGUUCAGCAGUACACAGAAAGUCAUUCACAUCUGGGAUGGCAUGAGGGUGAACUAUCCUUUUAAUGAAUAUACACAAUUUUACAUCUGAUUACAGCUUCACCAAAUGAGAAGCAGCACCUUCAAUGCAACACAUUGAAAUUAAUAAUGCAAGUAAAUAUAGCUGGUGGAAGACUAUUGGAGGUUUAAAAAUACCAGAGUUAUACUGAUUAACCAGAGUUAUACUGAUUAACCAGAGUUAUACUGAUUGGUAGAAUACUAAUAUGAUUUUAUGUGUCCUUUCCAGUAAGGAAAUUAUAUUCUGAGGUAUAAAAAUCAGAUGUGUUUCUUAGAAUAAGAAACUAUUAGCCAUUAGCAUUAUUAUCGUCAGGUUUGUUUUAGCAUAGAUUGAUUACAAAAUCAAGUGUUUAAAUUGUAUUGUUGCAUAGUAUUAUAAGUGGAACACUGUGCGUAGUUACAUGGAAUGUCAACAAACAUAAAUUAAGUAUAUGAAUAGUUUUCAAUAAUGGUGAAAUACAACAUUUCCUUUUGUAGAACCACAGAUCAUAGUGUUUAUUUGAUAGUGGCUAUCAAAUACUGUAUUUUGCACAAAUAUGAGUUCAAAGCUACUUUGUAAAGCAGGCAACAAAAUUCACAGUUGACCAUCACCCUCAGGAGAACUAUGCACCCAAGAUAAACAUGCAUACUGUUUUACCACCCCACAUGUAAACAUAGACUAUCCAUUACCAUAGCUGAAUAAAGCCAUUUCUAAAGGGGGACUAUAAGGGUUAGCUGAGGUGUAUGCAAUUACACUGAAUACUCCAUAUUAAAACAUGACUGUCUGUCAUAUUAUGUGUCAUGCCAAACUGUUUAUUUGCUAUGCAUGCGCUGGUUUGAACUGUGAUAUCAAGCUGGAACCAUUAUUAAUUGCUGGUAUGUGGAUCCUCAGGUUGAAUCAUUGAUUUUGCAGGCAUGUGAACUAAAAUACACAAGGCAGCUUAAUUGCAUGCCCCUUGAUGUGGGUUGAUAUGAGUGAGGGAAAGUGAGCUUUUGGUCUGUUUCAGGCUGACCAGAAAGAAAGAUUUUAGUCUAUAUUUUAGACUGAUCCACAAGAGAGAGGUUUUAGUCAUUAGACUAAAAAUGAAAGCUUUUGUGUGUUUUUUUUAGUUUUUUUUUUACAUUUACUAUUAUGCUAUAGUUUAUAAUUUGAUUUGUUACAUUAGAUGUUGUUUGCAUGUUCCCUAUUUUGUAAGUAUUUCUCUUUGUAUAGUUCAGAUACAGUACCUCUGCUCUACUGUAAUAUUAUACAGUAUGGGUGUGAAUUUUUUAGUGUUUGUUUGUUUAUGUAUGUGUGUUAUAAAAAUUAUUAUUAUUUUAAUUGCAAAGUUGUUUUAAGUUGAAGAAUCGUUAUAUAUCUGGUCUGUGCCAAAUAAAAGGUUCUUUGGUCA